GUCUCGCUGUUGUGCACACUCGGGGGGAUUCGUUUUCUACCCGUCUGUAUGGAUGUAGAUGUAUUCUGGGAGUCGUAGUUUUAUUUCUUCUGUCUGUGCCCGUGUAUCGCAUGCAAGAGACGUCACUACAAGCGCUGCUAGGGUUAAAGUACAUUUCUGCGUUCGCCAUGUUCCCGGGUACUAGCUCUUGCGCGCUCUCAGCCGCGUAACCUGCAAGACACUGUCCGUUUAUUAAUCGCUUCCCUGCCGGCUGAGAGACAUUGUUCAGUUUAGAACGUAAAAUGUCGCUGUGCAUCGUGAAAGAGUGCCCCAACUCAAGCAGAAAAACCAAACUACUUACGACCACUUCACACGUGUUUCCAAGAAAUGCAGAAUAUGUACGUGAAUGGUUGCUUGCGACAGGCCAAUUUGAUGAUUGCAUAGAUCAUAUGGUGAACAGAGUGCUUGAAACCAACAAGUUUACACGUUAUCGAAUGUGUUCACUUCAUUUCGCGCCAAACAAUUAUUACUCCGUUGGACUGAAAAUGUGUCUCUACAGACACUCAAUUCCCACUAUCUUUGGAAUAAAUUUAGCAAGAAAAGUUCAAGCUUUGAGACAAUUGACUUCAUCUGGGCAAAGCGCUACAUAUAAUGCAAAGAACAUUGUACUUUCAUUGAAUAAUGGUACCAUUGUUGAAAAUGUUAUCGACCAUGUUGGAAAUAGUGCUGGCCUUACUUCUGUGGGUUUAUCAAAUGUUGUUACUUGCCAUGUUUGUGGACAUCCCCUCAACAAAGUGUACGUAGAUGCGUCAACUAAUACAGAACUUGAAAUGGAAGCUAAAGAAGCACAUUGCGAUCGAUUGCAUGGAUCCGUAACAUCUUGUACCAAAACCAAUGAGUUGUCUGAUCCGUCUGACCGCUGCAAUAUGAAUGUAACGAAGGAAAUGGGCCAUAUAAAUGAAACGGCAACAUCAAGCCAAUUUAUUGAUCACUUUACUCAGAGAGACCCAAAAUAUGGUCCAGAUACGAGCAAUCUUACAGUGGCGAAAACCAGAUAUCCUCAAGAACCAAGACACAAAAUUAACGCUGAUAUAGUGAAAGUGGAGAUAACAGACGAUCUGUAUGUGAGGCAACAGCUGGAAGCAACUGAUGAGGAAAGCAGUGACCAUACCAGCCCAGAUGAAGAUAACGCUGAUAUAGUGAAAACUGAGAUAACUGACGAUCUGUAUUUGUAUGAUGAGGUGAAGACCGAAGAGGAUGAAGUUCCUAUAAAUAUGGCUACAGGUGGAUUCACAAACUGCAAUAAUCCUAGUUAUGAUCAGAAUUCAGAUGCUUCUUUCAAUAUUUUCCAAAAUGAAAGUAACCAAGUAGGACAUGUAUGUCCUGAAUGUGGAAAAUGCUUUGCCGGGAUGUCAAAUCUUAUUGUACAUCAGAGAAUCCAUACAGGAGAGAAAUCGCUUUCAUGUCCUGUAUGUGGGAAAUGUUUUACCCAGAAAUCACAUCUUAUUGACCAUCUGAAAAUUCAUACAGGAGAGAAGGAAUUUUCAUGUCCUGUAUGUGGGAAAUGUUUUACCCAGAAAUCGUAUGUUACUGAACAUAUGAAAAUUCAUACAGGAGAAAAACCAGUUUCAUGUUCUGACUGUGGGAAACGUUUUAGAAGCAAAUCGCAACUUAGAAGACAUCAGACAAUUCAUACAGGAGAAAGGAGAUUUGUAUGUUCUGACUGUGGAAAAUGUUUUAGUCAGAGAGCACAUCUUAUUGGUCAUUUGAGAAUUCAUUCAGGAGAAAAAGCAUUUUCAUGUUCUGAAUGUGAGAAAUGCUUUAGUUCGAAAUCAACUCUUGCUGCUCAUAUGAAAACUCAUACAGGAGAAAGGGCAUAUUCAUGUCCUGAUUGUGAUAAAUGCUUUGCAAAGAAAUCAACUCUUACUAGUCAUCAGGUUACUCAUACAGGAGAAAAGCCAUUUUCAUGUCCUGAUUGUGGGAAAUGUUUUAGUCAGAAAUCAACGCUAACCGUUCAUCAGAGAACUCAUAAAGCAGAAAAGGAAUUUUCAUGUUCUGAAUGUGGGAAAUGUUUUACUCUGAAAACAACUCUUACCGCUCAUCAGAGAAUUCAUAUUAAAGAGAAAACAUGUUUUGAUUUUGGGAUGUUAAUGAUGAAUUAUUGAUGACUGUGUUGUAAUCCUUAGGGGAGUGGGGGCCCUCAAGCAGUUUUUAGGUGGCCACGUGUGCUUGCCAAUGCUGGAGGAAUGAAUACCCACGUUCCAGAAACCUGAAAGAAUUAGGCGGAUGCAGUCUAGAAUAGGGAGCUAGAUUGAGGGUCAGUAGAAAAACACUCAAGGCUCACUGUUUGCAAGAACAGGCGAUUGUUUUGCAAAUAGUGUGUAACUUGGGGAAAUAUAAAGUUUAAGCACAAUAAAAAAUAAAUAUUGUUCUGAGGUUAUCUCUAGUUACUUAUAAUAGGUAAUCAAAAAUGCUUAAGCAAACCCAAGACCCCUUUAUUUAAAAAAAGGAACUUUUUAAAUUUAAAACAAGUCCCUAUAUAAGUUUGAAUAGACAGGUGAUGACUGUGGAAAUAGUGAUCACCUGACAAAGAGAAUUUUCCUUUGAGUAAAGGCUCAUGGGAGAUUAUAUAAAUAUACUUAAAGAUCCUUCUUCAUGUAGGGUACUGUUGAGGUCAUUCUAGUCGGGUGAUCAUGGAGGUGACUGUCUCCCUAGCUAUAAGAGGCUUCCAAAAGCCCCUGUCUGGAUUAGGAUAGCCAUCUCUGGCUACAGCAAAAAAUGCUUAAAGGGACAUGAAACUCAAAAAAUGUUCUUUCAUGAUUCAGAUAGCCAAUACAAUUUUAAGCCAAUAACACGAGGCAUCCAUGUACAGCCACCAAUCAUCAUCUACUGAGCAUAUUUAGAUAGCCUUUCAAAGAAGGAUCUCAAGAGAAUGAAGCAAAUUAGAUUAUAGAAGUAAAUUGGAAAGUUGUUUAAAAUUGUAUUCACUAUCUGAAUCAUGAAAUUAAAAAAAAUGACUGCAUAAAAUGCAUUGUACUAAAAUGUAAGGGAAUUUUUUUUCUUUUCUUUUUGAAUAUCAGUUGAUUAGUUCUAUUUCAAAAAUCACUGUUAAUUUUUCUCCAUCAAUGCUUAUUUUAAGUCACCUAAUAGAAUUGUAGAUUCACAAACAUUUUGACAAUAGAGUUUAGAAAAAUAAGCUCACACUAUUGUUUCACAACUUUGUAAUAAAAUAUCCUUUAUUUUGUCACACUG